UUGCCUUUUGAUUUUGCUUUUUGUCCAUUUGUCCAUCAUUUACAUUCAUUAAUCCCCAAAUUUGAUUGCAAACCAUGUGAUCUCCAGUAAAAGACCAAAACAUUCAUACCCCACGGCCCAUGCCACCCUUUUAUUUGCCCCAUAUUCUUCAUCAAAUGGUCUAGACUCACCCAUUUCCACUUCCUCAGUCCCUCAUUUUGCAAAUGGGAAAACUCAUAGGAUUCCUGCUUUUGAUCUCAAGCCUCUUCAUUGUGGUUGCAGCAGAUUGGAGCAUUUUGAACCGGAGAAAGAAGAAUACCAAUGGGGUAGUGGGAGAUGGCUUGAAGAAGUACUGUGAGAGUUGGAGGAUCAAUGUUGAGGUCAACAACAUUAGAGGGUUUGAUUUGGUGCCUCAAGAAUGUGUUGAGCACAUAAAGAAAUACAUGACAUCUUCUCAGUACAAAGCUGACUCAGAGAGGGCCUUGGAGGAAGUCACUCUCUACCUGAGCAGUAGUUGCUGUUGCACUUUGGAGGGUGAUGGUAAAGAUGCUUGGAUUUUUGAUGUUGAUGAUACACUCCUCUCCACUAUUCCUUAUUUCAAGAAACAUGGUUUUGGGGGAGAGAAACUGAAUGCAACAUCUUUGGAAACAUGGAUGAAAGAGAGCAAGGCACCAGCUCUAGAGCACACACUAAAGCUCUUCCAUGAUAUCAAAGACAGAGGAUUUAAGAUCUUUCUCAUCUCUUCAAGAAGGGAGACCCUUAGAUCUCCAAGUGUAGAUAACCUCAUUAAGGUUGGAUACCAUGGAUGGACUAAUCUUGUGCUAAGGGGUCUUGAAGAUGAAUUCAUGGAAGUGCAGAAGUACAAGUCUGAGGCAAGGCAUCGACUCGUCGAUGAAGGUUACCGCAUUUGGGGCAUAAUAGGAGAUCAGUGGAGCAGUUUCGAGGGACUUCCCAUUGCGAAAAGAACAUUCAAACUACCCAAUUCAAUGUACUAUGUCUAGCUUGAAAUUUCAGUCCAUUACUGGAAAAUUACAAGGCUAAUGAGCAGACAUAUUGCUGUAUUAGGCUACAUAUAGACUAUGUCCUCUUUUUUCAGUUCAGUGUUGCUGGGUAUCAAAGUAUAUUCUCCCAUAUUGCAUUGCAAAGUUGACAACUUGGUCAUAACCUUGUUUCCCUAUAUAUAAAUCCUUUGAAUUACUCAUAGGAGCAUAAAUUAUAGGAAUUUAUAACUUCUGAAACUGUCAUUCUUUUCCAGAUGAAAGAACAAAAAGCUUCCUUUC